AUGGUUGGUCCUGAUCCACCUACAUACGAGGAAGCUACGAGCUCGGCUUCCUUCUCGCGAUGCGACAGAAACGGCAUCUCCCCAGAAGUCCGCCGGAGUAUGGAGGAUGAGUCGCGGUCACUACCACUGGGCUGGGUCCGCAGUUUUGAUCCAAAAACAAAGCACCAGUUUUUUGUUGACACAAAGGCCGACCCCCCGCGAUCCAUUUGGCAUCACCCAUACGACGACAGCGAGUAUCUAGAUUCCGUGUCGCCAGAGGAGAGGGAGCGAAUUCGAGGGCUUGCACGACAUCCGAGUAUUCAUGACAUCACGGCCGAAACCAGCGAUGAAGAACAGGAUAGCAAUGAUAACAAGAGCAACCAUGGCCACCCGGCCGUAGCACGGCAUGGUCGUAACAUAUCCUCCUCCUCCUCCUCUUCUGCGUCUGCACAUAACGCAGGACCCCGGAGCUUUGGUCGCAAAGUAAAGGAUAAAAUCACCGGCACCACCCACGAGCAGCGCGAGGCUCAGAGGCGACAACGUGAGGAACAAGAACGUGAUAUGCACAAGCAGCAUCAGAUCUUCCGCAAGGGCUUGUCGGCAGCCAUCGAGACUGGCCAGCCGCAAUAUCUCGGAGAGGACGACCACGGCCUUGAUGUGUAUCUAGAGCCUCCCGGGUCGACAUACUCGGGCGUUGAGAGAGUUGAGCGCAUCAGUCCGUACAUUCAAGAAAUCAUAUACAAGCCUCCUGGACCAUUGAACAAGAGAGCGAGACACUUGCGGCCGGAUCCCAUCUAUCCGGGCGGCUACGGGCCUCCCUGCAGUGCUUAUGAUCGGCCGUAUGGUUAUGGAUAUGGCGGCGGCAUGGGAACUAUGCCUUUGGCUGGUCCUCUCUUUGGCGGGCUGUUGUUGGGCGGGCUCGCGGGCGGUCUACUUUUCUAG